AGCCUAUUAAUUGGCAUGAGAAUGAGAGGAGAUGAGAGGGUGUGAGUAAUAGGAAGAGAGAAAGAUACGGUAGAGGGGUGAAUGUGCAAGUUAAGAGAACUAUUGAGAAAGAGAGGGAGUAUUGAAACAAGGCAGUGAUGGAGAUGGUUGAGGGGGCUGAAACCCGAGAAAUAGGAUUGGGUUUUGUCUGUUGCCAGCACGAAGCUUAACAGGAACAAUUUCACUCCUCCCGAGCAGUAACGAAAGAUCCCUCAUCCUCGAGACUCUUCAUCUCAUUCUCCAACCGGGAAACUUCAGUUCCACAUCCUCUGCUCGGUUUCAGAAAAUGACUACGUACUACCCGAUGCACGAAUACGGCUCCAAGGCCCCGAAUGGUAGUGGCGAGAGGGGCCCAGGCAAGAUAUCCUGUCAACCAUGGGUCAACCUGAACCUCCAGGAGUCCCUCGCUCACCUGCACCCCCUUCAAAGGCAGCACGCCAUCGAGCUGCACCAGCAACAGCAGCAAAUGCAGCAGCAACAAUUGCAGCAUCAUCAAAUGCAGCAACAACAAAUACACCAGCAGAAACAACAAAUGCAGCAACAACAACUACAGCAACAACAGCUACAGCAUCAGCCUUACCGGCCACCUCAACAUCCGCCAGCUCACUCGUCCCUGGCCACCUUUACCUCCUGCACGCUCCCGGCAUCGUGCAAAGCCAGGAGCCGCUUCAUCAACCUCCGAGACAGCGUCAAGAAGAGCCCCACCAAGAGCACGGCCAAAGUCAUCGGAGGUAUCGGUGGCACCCUCAGGCCCGACAUGGGUCUCGGUUCCCAUGGUUUCCGGGUCCCAUGGGUUCCGUUCUCCUUUGAGAAGCAGACAGAUGCCGCCCCGCCUUCCUCUCCCAUAAUCCCCGUGAUCCCAAUCUCGUCCAUCCCAGCUGAGACCGCUCCUGUCAUCCUUCCUCCGACGUCACAGGCGAACCCUCCCCCUGUCGUGGUUAAUACAGACAGUUUGGACACGCCUCCAUAUGUAAACGGAACAGAAGCAGAUUAUGAAUAUGAGGAGAUCACGCUCGAACGGGGUAACUCUGGGCUGGGUUUCAGUAUCGCGGGGGGAACGGACAACCCCCACAUCGGUGAAGACCCCAGCAUCUUCAUCACCAAGGUCAUCCCUGGGGGGGCGGCGGCCCAGGACGGACGACUCCGGGUCAACGAUGUCAUCCUGCGGGUGAAUGAGGCAGACGUGCGGGACGUGACCCACAGUCGGGCGGUGGAAGCUCUGAAGGAGGCCGGGUCGCUGGUGCGCCUCUACGUCCGCCGGAGGAAGCCUGUCUCCGAGAAGGUGAUGGAGAUCAAGCUAGUGAAAGGACCCAAAGGUCUUGGUUUCAGUAUAGCAGGGGGAGUGGGGAACCAGCACAUCCCAGGGGACAACAGCAUCUACGUCACCAAAAUCAUCGAAGGAGGAGCUGCGCACAAAGACGGGAGGCUACAGAUAGGAGACAAACUUCUGGCUGUGAACAGUGCUUGCCUUGAGGAGGUGAGCCACGAACACGCUGUGACUGCCUUGAAAAACACCCCCGACGUGGUCUACUUGAAAGUAGCAAAACCCAACAGUGUCUUCAUGAAUGACAGUUUCGCCCCGCCUGACAUCACCAACUCMUACUCCCAACACAUGGAGAACCAUAUCAGCCCUCCCAGCUACCUGGGCCAGCCCCUUCCCCCUGAGGCCCCGUCAGGACGCUACUCGCCAACCCCCAAGAGCAUGCUGGGAGAAGAAGUCACCAGAGAGCCCAGGAAGGUGGUGCUCCACAGAGGGGCGACGGGCCUGGGCUUCAACAUAGUGGGUGGAGAGGACGGAGAGGGCAUCUUCAUCUCCUUCAUCCUGGCAGGGGGACCUGCAGAUCUGUGUGGCGAGCUGAGGAAAGGAGACCGCCUCGUCUCUGUGAACGGGGUGGACCUCCGCAGCGCCACUCACGAGCAGGCGGCGGCGGCACUGAAAAACGCUGGGCAGACUGUCACCAUCGUGGCCCACUACAGACCAGAGGAGUACAGUCGAUUUGAAGCCAAGAUCCACGACCUGCGAGAACAGAUGAUGAACAGCAGCAUCAGCUCGGGGUCAGGCUCGCUGCGGACCAGCCAGAAGAGGUCACUCUACGUUAGAGUCCUAUUCGACUAUGACAAGACAAAGGACUCAGGGCUCCCCUCUCAGGGGCUCAACUUUAAAUUCGGGGACAUCCUGCAUGUGGUGAACGCCUCAGACGACGAGUGGUGGCAGGCGCGGCAGGUGACCCCGGAGGGCGAGGCAGAGGAAGUGGGUGUCAUCCCCAGCAAGAGAAGGGUGGAGAAGAAAGAGAGGGCGCGGCUAAAGACGGUCAAGUUUAACUCCAAGUCGCGAGACAGAGGGCAGUCACUCAAUGACAAGCGUAAAAAGAACCUAUUUUCCCGAAAGUUCCCUUUCUACAACAAGGAUGCAAGCGAGCAGGAAACGAGCGAUGUUGACCAACACGUCACUUCCAAUGCCAGUGAUAGUGAAAGUAGUUACCGUGGUCAAGAGGAGUACGUGCUGUCGUACGAGCCAGUCAGUCAACAGGAAGUGAACUACACCCGUCCAGUGAUUAUUCUUGGUCCCAUGAAGGAUCGGGUAAACGACGACCUGAUAUCGGAGUUCCCCGACAAAUUUGGGUCCUGUGUUCCCCACACAACCAGACCUAAGCGGGACUAUGAGGUGGACACCAGGGACUACCACUUUGUGGUGUCCAGGGAGCAGAUGGAGAAGGACAUCCAGGACCACAAGUUUAUCGAGGCGGGCCAGUACAACAACCACCUGUACGGGACCAGCGUACAGUCGGUGCGUGAGGUGGCAGAGAAGGGCAAACACUGCAUCCUGGAUGUGUCAGGCAACGCCAUCAAGAGGCUGCAGCUGGCCCAGCUCCAUCCCAUCGCUGUUUUCAUCAAACCCAAGUCUGUGGAGAACAUCAUGGAGAUGAAUAAGAGGCUGACGGAGGAGCAGAGCAGGAAGACCUUUGACAGAGCCACCAAGCUGGAGCAGGAGUUCACCGAGCAUUUUACAGCCAUUGUUCAAGGAGACACCUUGGAGGAGAUCUAUGAGCAAGUCAAGCAGAUCAUAGAGGAACAGUCUGGCCCGUUCAUAUGGGUGCUAUCCAAGGAGAAAUUAUGAAGAGGUCACAACACUUUCUACUCCCCUGUCGUCCUCCUCUCCUUUUUAUUUAUGAUUUAUGCCCUGUUCUGCUGAAACUGGAAACACUACCCUACCACCUCCAAAACAGCCCGAACCUUAUCACCCCCCUUUUCCUCAAUCCCCUUCCUCUGCCAGGCUUCUCUCAUGACCUAAGUCUGUGACCAAGAAGUGACAGUGACGGCCAGUGAUGUUGACAACGAAUAGCCAGACCAGCAGAGCAAAGCACAGAGGGGCAGAUGAUGUUGUUCAAACGGUACAGUCCCUUAAUGUUUAAAGGAGGUGACUUUCUAAGAAAAAAGGAAAGUGAAAGAACUUUUUAGUGGCUCACGGCUUAAUAGUACCUCUUAUUUAAGUCGUUUUUUUUCGGCCGAAGACGAAGGAAGUUCAGGCAUUAGGUUAUAAGUA